CAUUUAUACACUCAUACCAUCAGUUACAUCCGACAUUGCAUACCCUCUGAUUGUAUCACAGCCUGAUCUUGCGAUCUGCUGCUGCGUAAUUGAUGAAUAAUGGAGGCGGCGACUUCGACUUCAACCAGUCAAUCGAUCUCUCAGCAAGACCAGCAGCAGCCCUCUUUUCGAGAUUUGUUUCUAUUUACAGCAUGGCCUGACUACUGGCUGUUAGGCGCCGGCUUAGUUGGGGCUCUUCUAGCAGGUGCUUUUAUGACCUCGAUGUCUAUCCUCCUGGGUCGCAUCUUUGCAGUCAUCACUCAGUUCGGCUCUGGCCACCUCACCGGCGCUGAAACUGCAGCCCAAGUCUCAUCAUGGUGUGUUUUACUAGCAGUCGUUGGUGGUGCAGGUUUCCUCGUCAAUUUCGCCUUCAUGUUCUCCUGGGUUGCUUUCAGUGAGCUACAAGCUAGAAACAUUCGAAAGAGAAUGUUUCGCGGCCUUUUGGAGAAGGAUAUGCAAUGGUUCGACACGCAGCAAGACGGCGUCGCUAGUCUAUUAAUUAGGAUCCAAACACAGACGCGAGAAGUGCAGAUCGCAUCAUCCGUAGCACUCGGUUCGCUAUCAGCCAGACUUGCCACCUCGAUCGCAAACCUCAUAAUCGCUCUAGUUACCGCUUGGAAGUUGACGCUGGUGUUGCUAGCUUCUAUUCCCGUCUCAGUUGUCAUUCUCCAUCUCCUCGCCCGACCAAUCCAACCAGCAAUUCAAUCGCAAAAGAAGGAACUCUCGCGCGCUUCUAAAUAUGCGUUCUCAGCUAUCUCUGCUAUCGACCUUGUCAAGGUUUUCAACGGAAUUGAUCAUGAAACAUGGCAAUACAUGGCUGCAAUCAGAAUGUCCAUGCAGAAAUAUCUCAUUCAAGCCCGUGCCAAUGCAUACCAGAUCGGCUACGUCAAAUUUUGGUUAGAGAGUCUUUUUGUUGUCGGGUUUUAUUAUGGUGCGGUUCUUGUCGACCAAGGUUUGAGUCCUGGUAGUGUCCUAACCACUUUUUAUGCUGCUCUCGCAGCACUCCAAGCCAUUGAGGCCUUCGUUCCCACGUACCUGGUUCUAGCCAAGGGAAUAUCCGCAGCCCAAGCUCUUCGUUCUGUUUCCCAUAACGUGGAAGGCGGACGAACAGUCUAUCCUAUGGUGGGCGGUUACGUCCCCAGUAAGUGUGUAGGCGACAUUGAGAUGCGAAAUAUAACAUUUACGUACCCAUCAAACCCCUCCAAGAUGGUCCUUGAAAAGUCCUCGUUCCAUUUUCAAGCAGGUGAACUUUGCUUCAUCAUUGGGAGAAGUGGCUCGGGCAAGAGCACGGUAGGUAACCUCCUGUUAAAAUUCUACGAACCGCUCUCCGGCGAAAUCUUGAUUGAUGGUCACGCAAUCAGGACCUUGGACAUAGAUUGGCUUCGACACAACAUCACAUUGAUACAACAGACCAGUGUUCUCUUCAACGAUACCUUCUUCAUGAACAUCGCAUUCGGUCACAAUAGCCCCACACGAGUCUCUACAGAAGAAGUCAAGGCUGCUUGUGAGACAGCGCUGCUCCAGUCUACAAUAACAAGCCUGCCUUGCGGUAUGAACACCAACGUUGGUGCCGGUGGCCACAAUCUCAGUGGUGGACAGAAGCAGCGAGUUGCUCUGGCCAGAGCUAAACUUAGAGACCCUCCAGUUCUCAUUCUUGAUGAGGUUACUAGCGGACUAGAUCCUGUGAAUCGAGAAUUGAUAAUGGAGGCAAUUAGAACAUGGCGUCGUGGAAAGACCACAGUCAUUAUAACUCAUGAGGUUGCUCAGAUCAAAGAACGUGAUUUUGUUUACGUCAUGGAUAAUGGACGCGUGGUACAAGAAGGCUUGUACUCGGACCUCCAGCAACAGCAUGAUGGUUUGCUUGCCCAGCUUGUUACGGCUGCAACGGCAUCAGGGUCACGCUCCGAGCGCAGCACAGAAGGCUUUGUCGCUAGGCAGAGCAAGAGCAGUGUUGUAAAUUUCUCUCGGCCGUUGAGCGACGCAUCCCAGAAUGACCCAUUGGUUCCCGGAUCCCCUUCCCCGGGUGAAGCACUUCGUGGUGUGCCUUCCUCGUCGCAUGAUGUUUUCAUGAUGGCCCGACGCGAUUCUCAGCUGCGUUUGCUUGGAGACCAACGCAGUCGCCAUAUAGAUGCUUCUGGGGCACUGAAUGCUUUAGCUGCAGCGGCCGAAGACUCCCCGCGGAGAGGCCUCAGCAGGAUGGUAACUUCACUCAGCCGCCACUUCACAUCUACUCGUGCCCCGGCUCCCUCGCAGUCCCCAACAUGGAGUUCUAGUGACCAGCCACUUACUCCAAUAUCACCGAUAAAAGCUGGAAGUAUCUUUCGUCUUCAAACCCUUGGCUACACAGUGCAAACCCAUCGGCAAGGUUCUAGAUCUUCCAGGUUCAAACACCAACCAAGAUCGAGUCUGUCCGGGACUGGACCGAGGCGAAAAGACGAACGCAGCGCUAGACAAGAUGAAAAACGGCCAAGUGAUAGCGAAGAGACAGAAACCUUGUCCUUGGUCUCUAUCUAUAAAACAGUCUGGCCAUGUCUUGGAUUUAAAGAAAGGAUGUUCAUCCUAGUGGGAUCUUUCUCGUCUCUCGUUGUCGCAGGCUCUGUUCCCGCAUUCUCCAUUGUUUUUGCUAACCUCUUAGCUGCACUCUACAAAAAGGAGAAUCGACUAGAAUCUGGUCAGAAAUGGGCUUUGAUACUCUUGGGGAUUGCAGGAUCCGGUGCCAUCGCUACCUUUCUCAGCCAUUACCUCCUUGAAUGGGCUGGACAGGCUUGGGUUAAUGAGCUUCGCAAGCAAGCAUUCAACCGAGUGCUUCGCCAACCCAAAACCUGGUUUGAGAACCCGAAACACUCACCCAGUCGCAUCAAUGAAUGUCUAGAUCGUAAUGCAGAAGAGAUGCGGAAUCUAGUCGGUCGGUUUGCACCACUUCUUCUUGUUGUCGUCGUCAUGAUUGUCGCAUCUGUUAGCUGGGCAUUAGCGAUUUCUUGGAAGCUCACGCUUGUGAGUCUAGCGAGUGGCCCCUUUCUCAUUGCUGCCACACAGGGAUACUCAGCUGUCUCGAACAAAUGGGAACUGCGUUGCAAUAAAGCAGCAGAGGAGACGAAUGCUAUCGUUGUCGAAACUUUCACCAACAUACGAGUUAUCCGAGCGUUGACGCUCGAAGGAUUUUUCGGUCGCAAACAUCAGAAAUCGGCGCAGAAUACAUUCGAGCUGGGAAUCAAGAAAGCCGCUUUCACAGCUGCCUUGUAUGCAUGUUGGCAGUCUGUAUUUUGGUUCAUGAUGGCUCUCAUAUUUUGGUAUGCUACGGUGCUGUUGGCUGUUAACCAGGAAAUCACCGUUCAGUCCAUUCUCCAAGUCGUCAAUCUCCUCGUCCUAGGGUUGAGUACAGCUUCGAACAUCCUCAAUUCUGUGCCAGCAAUCUCUGCUGCGCAAACAACAGCUAGUCUGCUUUUAUACUAUGCUCGUCUGCCUCUAAAUUCAUCUCAUGAGACCAAAGGCACAAAAACAUUAGCACGCCCGUUACCAAUCCGUUUUAAUAACCUGUCUUUCGCCUAUCCUUCAAAGAGAAACCAGCUCGUUUUGAGAAAUAUUACGCUAACGUUCGAAGCGGGCGUGUCGACUGCAAUCGUCGGAUCAUCUGGGUGUGGGAAAAGCACCAUUGCAUCUAUCAUCCUAGGUCUACACACCCCUAACACUUCUUCAAACUCAUUCAGUAGAAAUAGCUCUAUUCACCCUCUAUUGUUCUCCUCCGUUCCCUUCCAACAAGUAGAUAUAUCCAAACUGAGAACGCAAAUUGGCUAUGUCCCCCAAGCUCCCUUCCUCUUCCCGACCUCGAUAGCAGGAAACAUAGCAUACGGCCUCCUAGAAGACUCACCUCUUCGAUCUCCAGCGAACAUCGAGCAAGCUGCUCGCGAAGCCGGCAUCCACGACUUCAUACAUAGCUUACCAGAUGGCUAUGAGACUAUCGUCGGCGACGGCGGCCAGGCCCUAAGUGGAGGUCAGGCCCAGCGCGUAUGCAUUGCCCGUGCCCUCGCAAGACGUCCCAAGAUCCUCGUCCUAGACGAGCCCACGAGUGCCCUAGAUGCAGAGAGCGCUGAAGGAGUUAGAAGGACGAUCCAGAAUCUCUUGAACCCUGAACACCAUCGCCUCCGAAAGUCUGUCGAUAACAUGCAGAGUCGCGAGCGUCUGUGUGUCAUCAUGGUCACGCACAGCCAAGAGAUGAUGAAGAUGGCAGACCGCAUCGUCAUGAUCGAUCACGGACGCGUCGUGGAGACGGGGACAUAUAGAGAGUUGUGGGAGAAGAAGGGACCGUUCGCUGAGCUUGUCAGUGGCGGGGUGUGGAUGGGGGGUGGUAAAAAUGGCGAUAUUGCUACUACUACGCCUCAGAAGCCACCGGGUUAUUAUAAAUAUGGCGCGUCACAUUCCAGGGAUCUCCCUUUGAGAAGCGGUAAAGGGGGCGAGGAGGUUAGACCAAGGUGGAUUGGUGUGCGCGAUGUCGACUGGAAUGGGGAGUCUGGGCCGUCUACGGGGGUGCUGAGUCCCGUCGCCAGUCCGUUUAGUCGGCCUGCGAGGAGGAGGGAACGUAAGGCCGAUGGCGACGUUUGAUAUUCCGUGUUGCUGAUGUUUUUAUAUGUAUCUACAUACUUGUGCUACUACAUAUGCAUUCUAGGAACGGUGUUUCAUGCGCUUAAUUGGAAUCAUUUAAUGCUUA